GGCAAACAGGAAGGCCUGCCCCCUGAGCCCUGGGCCCCGGCCCGGGAAUCGCCGCCGCCAGAGCCGCAGCUCCGGGCCGAGGGUAAGGAGGCGAGCCGGGAGCAAGGAGGCGAGCCGGGAGCGGGCGGCCAGGGGAAAGCUCCGCGGGUCCCGGCGCCCGGUCUCCAGACGCGGCCCGCCUCCUGGGCUCGCGCCGCCGCGAUGAAGGCGGGCUCGGGGGACCAGGGGAGCCCCCCGUGCUUCCUGCGCUUCCCGCGGCCCGUGCGGGUGGUAAGUGGCGCCGAGGCCGAGCUCAAGUGCGUGGUGCUGGGGGAGCCGCCGCCCAUUGUCGUGUGGGAGAAGGGCGGGCAGCAGCUGGCGGCCUCGGAGCGCCUGAGCUUCCCGGCGGACGGCGCCGAGCACGGCCUGCUGCUGAGCGGCGCGCUGCCCACCGACGCGGGGGUCUACGUGUGCCGCGCCCGCAAUGCGGCCGGAGAGGCCUACGCGGCGGCCGCCGUCACCGUGCUGGAGCCGCCGGCCCCCGAGCGCGAGCCCCAGCCUGCCGAACGCCCGCGGCUGCCGCCCGGGGCCGGGGAGGACGCCCCGGUGUUCCUGACGGGGCCCCGGUCCCAGUGGGUGCUGCGGGGGGCGGAGGUGGUGCUGGAGUGCCAGGUGGGGGGCCUCCCCGCGCCGACGCUGUACUGGGAGAAGGACGGGAUGGCGCUGGACGAAGUGUGGGACAGUAGCCACUUCUCCCUCGAACCUGGCCGCGCCGAGGGCCGCCCGGGCGCGAGCCUGGCGCUGCGCAUCCUGGCGGCGCGGCUGCCCGACUCCGGCGUCUACGUGUGCCACGCCCGCAACGCGCACGGCCACGCGCGGGCCGGCGCGCUGCUGCAGGUGCAGCAGCCCCCCGAGAGCCCGCCCGAGGACCCGGACGAGGCCCCCAAUCCCGUGGUGGAGCCGCUCAAGUGCGCGCCCAAGACCUUCUGGGUGAACGAGGGCAAGCACGCCAAGUUCCGCUGCUACGUGAUGGGCAAGCCCGAGCCCGAGAUCGAAUGGCACUGGGAGGGCCACGCGCUGCUCCCUGACCGCCGCCGCCUCAUGUACCGCGACCGCGACGGCGGCUUCGUGCUCAAGGUGCUCUACUGCCAGGCCAAGGAUCGCGGGCUCUACGUGUGUGCCGCGCGCAACUCGGCGGGCCAGACGCUCAGUGCCGUGCAGCUACAUGUCAAAGAGCCUCGCCUCCGCUUCACGAGGCCCCUGCAGGACGUGGAGGGCCGGGAGCAUGGGAUUGUGGUGCUGGAGUGUAAAGUCCCCAACUCCCGCAUUCCCACGGCCUGGUUCCGCGAGGACCAGCGGCUGCUGCCCUGCCGCAAGUACGAGCAGAUCGAGGAGGGCACGGUCCGGCGCCUCAUCAUCCACAGGCUGAAGGCAGAUGACGACGGAGUUUACCUGUGCGAGAUGCGCGGCCGGGUGCGCACCGUGGCCAACGUGACAGUCAAAGGGCCCAUCCUGAAGCGGCUGCCCCGGAAGCUCGAUGUUUUUGAGGGAGAGAACGCAGUGCUGCUGGUGGAGACCCGCGAGGCUGGGGUGGAAGGGCGCUGGAGUCGAGAUGGGGAGGACCUGCCGGCCACCUGCCAGAGCAGCUCCGGCCACAUGCAUGCCCUGGUCCUUCCAGGGGUCACCCGAGAAGAUGCUGGCGAAGUCACCUUCAGCCUGGGCAACUCCCGUACCACCACUCUGCUCAGAGUCAAAUGCGUCAAGCACAAUCCCCCGGGACCCCCAGUGUUGGCAGAAAUGUUCAAGGGCCACAAGAAUACGGUCCUGCUGACCUGGAAGCCUCCCGAGCCAGCUCCUGAGACCCCCUUCAUCUACCGGCUGGAACGGCAGGAGGUGGGCUCAGAAGACUGGAUCCAGUGCUUCAGCAUUGAGAAAGCUGGGGCCGUGGAGGUGCCGGGAGACUGUGUGCCCUCCGAGGGCGACUACCGCUUCCGCGUCUGCACCGUCAGCGAACACGGCCGCAGCUCCCAUGUCGUGUUCCAUGGAUCUGCUCACCUCGUGCCCACAGCUCGCCUGGUGACCGGUCUGGACGACGUGCAGGUAUAUGACGGGGAAGAUGCCAUCUUCUCCCUCGAUCUCUCCACCAUCAUCCAGGGCACCUGGUUCCUUAAUGGGGAAGAGCUCAAGAGUAAUGAGCCAGAGGGCCAGGUGGAGCCUGGGGCCCUGCGGUACCGGCUGGAGCAGAAGGGCCUGCAGCACAGACUCAUCCUGCAAGCUGUCAAGCACCAGGACAGCGGGGCCCUGGUUGGCUUCAGCUGCCCAGGUGUGCAGGACUCAGCUGCCCUCACCAUCCAAGAGAGCCCGGUGCACAUCCUGAGCCCCCAGGACAAGGUGUCGUUGACCUUCACAACCUCGGAGCGGGUGGUACUGACCUGUGAGCUCUCCCGGGUGGACUUCCCAGCGAGCUGGUACAAGGACGGGCAGAAGGUGGCGGAGAGCGAGUCGCUGGUGGUGAAGAUGGAUGGGCGCAAACACCGCCUGAUCAUGCCUGAGGCCCAGGUCCAGGACAGUGGCGAGUUUGAGUGCAGAACGGAAGGGGUCUCAGCCUUCUUCAGCGUCUCCGUCCAAGACCCCCCCGUGCAUAUCCUGGAUCCCCGGGAGCACGUGUUUGUGCACGCCAUAACCUCCGAGUGCGUCAUGCUGACCUGUGAGGUGGACCGGGAGGACGCCCCUGUGCACUGGUACAAGGACGGGCAGGAGGUGGAAGAGAGUGACUUCGUGGUGCUGGAGAACGAGGGGCCCCAUCACCGCCUGGUGCUGCCCGCCGCCCAGCCUCCCGAUGGGGGCGAGUUCCAGUGCGUCGCUGGGGACGAGCGCGCCUACUUCACCGUGACCAUCACAGAUGUCUCCUCGUGGAUCGUGUACCCCAGCGGCAAGGUGUACGUGGCAGCCGUGCGCCUGGAGCGUGUGGUGCUGACCUGCGAGCUAUGCCGGCCCUGGGCCGAGGUGCGCUGGACCAAGGAUGGCGAAGAGGUGGUGGAGAGUCCCGCGCUGCUCCUGCAGAAGGAGGACACCGUCCGCCGCCUGGUGCUGCCCGCCGUCCAGCUGGAGGACUCGGGCGAGUACUUGUGUGAAAUCGAUGACGAGUCUGCCUCUUUCACCGUCACUGUCACAGAGCCCCCGGUGCGCAUCACGUACCCCCGGGACGAGGUGACCUUGGUCGCCGUGAGCUUGGAGUGUGUGGUGCUGAUGUGUGAGCUGUCGCGGGAGGACGCCCCCGUGCGCUGGUACAAGGAUGGGCUGGAGGUGGAGGAGAGCGAGGCCCUGGUGCUGGAGAGUGAUGGGCCCCGCCGCCGCCUGGUGCUACCUGCUGCCCGGCCCGAGGACGGGGGCGAGUUCGUGUGCGACGCUGGAGACGACUCAGCCUUCUUCACUGUCACCGUCACAGCCACUCCAGAGAGGAUUGUGCAUCCGGCGGCCCGCUCCCUGGACCUGCGGUUCGGGGCUCCAGGGCGCGUGGAGCUGCGCUGCGAGGUGGCCCCGGCUGGGUCCCAGGUGCGCUGGUACAAGGAUGGGCUGGAGGUGGAAGCAUCAGAUGCCCUGCAGCUGGGUGCCAAGGGGCCCACGCGCACCCUGACCCUGCCCCACGCCCAGCCUGAGGACGCCGGGGAGUAUGUGUGCGAGACUCGUGAUGAAGCCGUCACCUUCAACGUCAGCCUGGCUGAGCCCCCAGUCCAGUUCCUUGCCCCAGAGGCAGCCCCCAGCCCGCUCUGCGUGGCCCCCGGGGAGCCGCUGGUGCUGAGCUGUGAACUGUCCCGGGCUGGCGCCCUCGUCUUCUGGAGCCACAACGGGAGGCCGGUGCAGGAGGGUGAUGGCCUGGAGCUCCAAGCCGAGGGCCCCCGCCGUGUCCUCUGCAUCCGGGCUGCAGACCCGGUCCACGCGGGCCUCUACACCUGCCAGUCAGGGGCAGCCCCGGGGGCCCCCAGCCUCAGCUUCACCGUCCAAGUGGCUGAGCCCCCCGUGCGGGUGGUGGACCCCGAGGCAGCCCACACGAGGGUUCGCAGCACCCCAGGCGGGGACCUGGAGCUGGCGGUGCACCUCUCCGGGCCGGGGGGCCCUGUGCGCUGGUACAAGGACGGGGAGCGCCUGGCGAGCCAGGGGCGGGUGCAGCUGGAGCAGGACGGGGCGAGGCAGGUGCUGCGGGUGCAGGGGGCCCGGAGCAGGGACGCCGGGGAGUACCUGUGCGACACGCCCCAGGACAGCCGCAUCUUCCUCGUCAGCGUGGAAGAACCACCGCCGGUGAAGCUGGUCUCGGAGCUGACACCACUCACUGUCCACGAGGGUGAUGAUGCCACGUUCCGGUGUGAAGUCUCCCCACCAGAGGCCGACGUCACUUGGCUGCACAAUGGGGCCAUUGUCACCCCAGGGCCCCAGCUAGAGAUGGCCCAGAAUGGGUCAAGCCGCAUAUUGACCGUGCGAGGCUGCCAGCUUGAGGACGCAGGGACUGUGACUGCCCAAGCAGGGGGCACGUCCACAAGUGCCCGGCUCCACGUUCGAGAGACGGAGCUGCUGUUCCUGCGGCGGCUGCAGGACGUGCGGGCAGAGGAAGGCCGGGACGUGUGCCUCGAAGUAGAGACAGGCCGAGCGGGUGCGGCAGGGGCCGUGCGCUGGGUGCGAGGUGGGGCACCCCUACCACCCGACCCCCGCCUGUCCACGGCCCAGGAUGGCCACGUCUACCGCCUCUUCAUCCACGGCGUCAUACUGGCCGACCAGGGCACCUACGGCUGUGAGAGCCACCACGAUCGCACCCUGGCCAGGCUCAGCGUGAAGCCAAGGCAGCUAAGGGUGCUGCGGCCUCUGGAGGAUGUGACCGUCAUCGAGGGGGGCAGCGCCACCUUCCAGCUGGAGCUGUCCCAGGAGGCUGUGACCGGGGAGUGGGCCCGGGGUGGAGUCCGGCUGCAGCCGGGGACCACGUGCCAAAUUCACGCAGAGGGCCACGCUCACUGCCUGGUACUCAGUGGCCUGGGCCUGGCCGACUCGGGCUGCAUCUCCUUCACUGCGGAUGCCCUGCGCUGUGCAGCCAGACUCACUGUGAGAGGACGGGCAGCCGCUCACCCCCAGCCCUCGGCUCAGACUCCAGGCCCUCGGCACCCGCCGCCUUCUCCAGCUGCGACGCUGCGGUCCCUUGGACGCCGGGACCUACAGCUGCGUGGUGGGGAUGGCCCGAGCCGGGCCCGUCCACCUGGUGGUGCGCGAGCGCAAGGUGUCUGUCCUCUCGGAGCUUCGGUCGGUGCGAGCCCGCGAAGGCGACGGAGCCACGUUCGAGUGCACCGUGUCGGAAGUCGAGACCACCGGGAGCUGGGAGCUCGGAGGCUGCCCUCUGAGACCCGGAGGCCGCGUCCGCAUCCGACAGGAAGGUCUGACCGACUUUCUACCCGCUCUGGCCCCUCGCUGCCCCGCCCUACCAGGAUAAGUCCCACCUCCUGGUCAAAUGAGCCCCGCCCCACGGCCCAAGGAGCAGCCUCUCGAUCUCUCCCUGGCCCCCAGCUCGGAGCCCUCGGUCCUGGACCUCCCCUCUUACCCCUCGGCAUCUCAAUUCCGCCCCGCCCAGCGCACAUUUACCGCGUCCGAACCGACCCGGGGACCUACUCUGGCCCCACCCUCAUCCCCGAACCCUCCCCAGAGGCGGCUCCGGCCUCGCUAGCGCCCCCUUCACCCCCAGGGAAGAAACACAUUCUGGUGCUGAGCGAGCUGCGCGCGGAGGACUCUGGUGAGGUCCGCCUCCAGGCGGGACCCGCCCAGUCCGUGGCUCAGCUGGAGGUGGAGGCAUUGCCUCUCCAGAUAUGCCGCCGCCCCCCUCGCGAGAAGACAGUUCUGGUCGGCCGCCGCCGGGCGGUGCUGGAGGUGACUGUGUCCCGCUCGGGGGCCCAAGUGUGCUGGUUGCGGGAGGGGGUCGCGCUGUGCCCGGGAGACAAGUACGAGCUGCGCAGUCAUGGCCACACCCACAGCCUGGUCAUCCAUGACGUGCGACCUGAGGACCAGGGCACCUACUGCUGCCAGGCCGGCCAGGACAGCGCCCACACACGGCUGCUUGUAGAGGGUCUUUAUGGAAGAUUCCUAGACUCUAGGUGCCUGCUUCCCAGCUGCCACCCCUCUCCCAGUCUGGAGCCAUAGGUGACUCACCGAGACCAGCCAUCAUCAUCUCUCGACUGGACAACUAAGCUGCCUCCUCCGUGGUUCCCCUUCUAUGCUUGCCUUCCCUGAUGCUUUCUACACUCAGCAGCCAGAAUGAGCAUCCCAAAUGCUAAAUUAGAUUAUACCCUCCCUCCUUUAAACCUCCAGUGGCAUCUCACCACCCAUCUAAUGAAUCCAGAGUCCUCAUCACGGCCCACGGUGCCCACACAAUCGGCACCCCUCACUCACCACUCCCGCCCGACUUCCUCAGCAGGCCAAGCUCACUCCCCUCGCCCUUGCUAUUCCCUCUUCUCGAGCUCUUUGCAUGGCUGGCCCCUUAUCCUUCAGGUCUCUGCUUAAAUGUCACCUCUUCCAAGUGACCUUCCUUGGCCACCCUGUCUGUAUUUCACAUUACUCUGCACGUCUCUUUCGUAUCACUCCACACAAUGGGAUAAAUUAUCAUGUUAACUUGCGUGUCUAGUGUCUGUCUCCCCCACCCUGAAGGCAACCCCAUCAGGGCAGGGGCCUUUUCUGCUUUGUCUCUGUUGCAUCCCCAGUGCCUGGAAUGGGCUUGGCGCAGAGCCGCUGCUCCAUCUGUUGUUGUGGCAGGGAUGGUGGCACUGAAGUGCCCGUCCCGGCACUGGAGCCGGUGAGCUCUCUUAACUCAGCUGAGGCCUUCCGCUGCUGGUGUGUACAGCUCCUUCCCCCAUCCACCGUCGCUCAGACCCACCCCCCCUCAAGCACCCAUUUCUCUCACGCCCACCC